AUGAUGCUCUGCACAAAGAAGAUUAGAAAGUAUGGGAAUGGGACUGAAAAGUGGAGAAGAAGGGAAGAGAACGAGCCUAGAGUUGUAGUAAGAAUGAGAGGCGUAGAAGUCAGAGAGGGACAUGUUGAUGCAGCUCAGCCCCAUCUUCCCGAACCUGGUAUCGAAGUCAAGAACCACACCAACAUUAACUGGGGUGGUCUUCGUGUUCUGUGCCUUGGCCAAGAAAGUAGACCAAAACAGUAA